GGCGGAACCGACAGCACGCACUCAGCGCUCAACUUCAGUCGAAAAGUAUCUAACAGACGGCACAUAUCAAACCAUGGGCUCGUCUCCCAGCGUGGGACUUUUUUUGAUACUUUCACUCGUUCUUGUGUGCGAUGCAUCGGGAGAUAUGGAGCAAAGACCUGUUACACACUUGCUGGAUGAAGAGAUGCUUCAGGCAUUUUCACCAGAGGAGAGGCAAUUUUUGCAGAGACCAAUAAUCCCUGACAUUUCCGAGAUGAUGAAAUUGCUAGCCUCUUCAGAGGCAGAUAUGAACCCAAGAGAAGACACAAAUUUUCACCUUGAGGAUGUCACAAGAGAACGCAGAGUUUUUAGUCCUCGCUCUAUGAGACUGAAAAUGGGACCGCAGAUUCUUUUCCCACCAGCCUUCCCAACUAUCGGCAACCUCAAAGAUAUCUGUACAUUUAGUAAAGGUCCGGUCCGAUAUCCUAAAGGCCUAUUUCCUACGAGUGGCUUUGGUAGUGAACAUCGGAGAGGUGAUGCUGUUAAUCGACUUCAACCGUGGUAUGGUGUGUGCUGUGGCCUUAAUCAAACACCGGAAGAGCAAAUCUGUUGUGCUAAACAAGCGUGGAGGAAAACCCUUUCUGACUUCUGCAGUGAGGAAUUCUCUAUUAAAACCAGUCACUAUUCCUGCUGCCACAAGAGAGGGCAGGCCCGAUGGACCUGUUUUGAUAAAGAGGCUUCAGAUUCUUCAUACAACCUUCAUAUCUCUUCUGAGAUCUCAAAUGCCAACACUCCACAAAAGGUCAAAGGCUUCAAAUAUAACCCCAAUGCUUGCAAAGGCCUUUCAUCAUCCAGCUCAUUAUUGGCUUCUCCAAGAGCAUUUAAGAAGAUGACUGGAGUUCCAGACAUCAACUUUCCACUCGGCCGUCCUGAUUCCUCCAACAUUGCACUGAUCUGUGCUCAUCGCAAGAUCCGGCCCCGCUACACCCCCAAGUGUCUUCCUCGUACUGGCUAUGGCUGGCUGGCCCGUCAAUCAAAGGCCAUCAAUGUCCUUGAGAAAGAAUUUAACCACUGCUGUAAAGAGAAAAAUGGUGUACAACGCUGUGCUGAAAGAAAGUGGAAGAGGAUUGUGGACAUAUUUUGUAAAGUGGAGAAGAAAACCAAAGGAAAGCAGUUCGAGUGUUGUGAAAAGAAGAAAGGAGAAGAGCAGUAUGCCUGUUUUGCAUCUGCUGCUCCAGAUCCAGGGUACAGCUUUAUUGAUGGAGUAUUCACUCCUCUUGCUGCCCCUCCCACCAUCAAUGCAUUCUGUGAUAUGUCCACAACCAUCCAGAACAUGACUAGUUUCCGUUUCUCAUUGGAUCAAAUGGUUGAACGGUGCUGCUCUCUAGUGUUGCAGGAGAGACCUGCAUGCAUAGAUGCAGAGCUUGACAGCCACCUGAAUGAUUUGUGUAAAGUGAAGGAGCUGGUGAAGCCUCAUUGUUGUGAACCAAAAAUCAAAAACCGUGCCAAAUGUGCCACAAAACUGCUGCUGCGCUCCAUGGCAAAGGCAAAUAAAAUCAAAGACAGCAGGAGGAAGAAAUGCCCCCUCUCCUCCUAACUUCUGUUGUCUAGAGUUCAUUUGUGUUGUAAUCCAGGCAGAAUCCUGAUACUACGAAUGUGGACCAGUUUAUAUAGAGCACACACAUUUUAAUAUACUAACUAGGGACUAAAAACGGUUCAAGGAAUGAAAACGAACAAACUGUUUUGCAAAACAUAACUGAAAAUGAGAACAAAGUGAUUUUCAAUUGUUCCGCAGUGAAAACGUUAUUUUUAAAUGCUGGUAACCGGUUAUAACCGGUUAAUAUUGUUCCGAAAAAUUUUUCAUGAAACCAAAGCCAAAGGGUUUAUCACAGUACAUUUUUGUUCAUGUUGCCCGAAAAAAUGAAACAUGUGCUAGGAAACUGCUUCAUCACACACUUCUUUACCUGAUUGUCUGUUUUAAAAAAAACACACAAGAAAAAAAUAAAUAAAAAUAAUAAUGGCUUAUUUUAUUUUAUUUUAUUUUAGUGAGGCAAGUGGCAUAUUUUGGGCUUGUUUUUCCUGACCAGGUUGCUUGUUUCUCUUGUGAGAUCUGGCAACACUGCAAUUGGUAUUUAACCCACCCCUUAGAGUACUGUCAUUUUAAAAAGAUCGUUAUUAACCAUUCUUUUAUUUCGUUCUAAUCGUUUUCAGUUUGGAAAGGAGGCUGCGGAACUUCUGAACCGGAAUGAAAAAAUACUGUUUUUGCUCAGAAUGUACCGAAAUGAAAAACAUUUCAUUUUUAAUCCCUGACACUUACACUUGAAUUGUACUAAACUACUUUAUGGUUCAGUAAUACAAUUCAGUGCCUUUUAAGUCCCCAGUAUGGUUUUAAUUAUGUUUUAUUUUACCCAAUAACAAUUUUGCUAGACUUGUUAAAAAGAAUAAGGACAAUGUACAAUGUUACACAUUGAUGUGGGCCUAAAACUUUGGAUUCUUUCUUUCUUUUUUUUUUUUCUUCAACUAUGUGUUUAGUAUUACAUUCUUUUACUAACAAGUGUUCAUUUGUGGUAAAUGUGUCAUUUUGAAACUGAUAGUGGAGCGUUUUUAUUUUUUUAUUUGGUGUCCCUUGACUUAUUGUCCACUCUUUUAUGGGAAGUAUAGGGAAAAUUUAUAUAAUUUUAAAAUUCCAAUAUAUUUAUGUUAACAGAAAUAAAAUUACAAAUAUGUUUGCUAGAUAUCAUUCACUGACCAUAGUGGCUAAUUUUACCCACUGCAUGUCCACGCUGUUACUGUCCAUCCUGACUCUCUCCACCUAACAGUAUGGACAAAGUCAUUUAUCUUGACCUGUAUGACUUAUAAAAUCUUUGACAUGUUCCUAACAUAAAGACAUAAAGAUAAAAGUAUGUUUCGUUUUUUUUAGAAGUUUCAAACCCGAAAAGGCACCAAAUUGUACGAAUGACCCUUAUGUCAGUUCCACUUAAUGUUUAUUUCUUUUAAUAUCAGCAUUUUGUUUGCUCUAAUGUUUUUUUGUUUUUUUUUUGAGAGAAAGAUAGAGAGUGAGAUUUUUUUGUUUAUUCUUUUUUAUUUUCCAAUUAAAAAAACAAAAAAAAACUGCUUACACUGUUCAAAUGUUGUUUACGCUGUUUUUCCACUAACUUCCAUUCAUUAAUUAUAACAAAUAAAAUAUGUAAUAAAGGCC